UGGACCUAAAUAUUUUGAAGUUUUGUUAUACUUAAAAAAAUUCUUAAAAAUAACAUAUUAGACAAAAACGAUUCAUUUUCCCAGCUAUCCCUCUCUCGAUAUAUCUUGCCACCGUUCGCCGACCACCCGCCAGCGCAGCGUAACCUGCUGCCGUCGUCUUGGACGUCCGCCCGGUCCCCCACGCGCCGUGCGAAGGAUCGUUGCCGAAAAGUAGCAAAAGAAGAGGUCUCUUGUGAGGAAUUUGAUCCAAGACGUUUUCACCUUUGGGUCAUCUCAACUCCUUAAGGUUGUAAAGGACAAAAGCACUAUAGUUAAAGGAAAGUUGGAAAUUCUCAAUGAGCUUAGUAAAAGUGAGAACAUGUUCAACGUUCCCAUUAAUAUGAGGUCAUCUUAUGGACAACUGUGAGGGGGCUCGAUUAAAUAUAGAGAACUUGACUUUUGAGAAUCCAAUGCCACCUGAGGUUCUUGAUUGGGUAAGGGUGGAAUCCAUAAGCAGCUUACCAGGCACCUUGGCAGAUGGUGUAGAUAACUUUGGUUCUGCUGGUGUGGCUGUAACUAAGGUUAAAAAUGAGAUGUUUGAUGACUUUGAUGAAGAUCUUGAUCAUGUUUUAUUGAUAGAGCGACUAAGGAUGCUGCUAUCAAGGUUCCACAUUUUCUUGGCGGGCAUUGGGUUUGACAAAUCGACAUGGGGAGCUGGUCAAUAGAAUUUUUGAAGACAUCUUGCACACUGGGGGAUUUUAUGGAGAAUGGAGGACCUAAAAAUUCAAAGUCUCCAUAAUGGUGGUUUUGGUGUGCGUUCGGGAGAACUACAAUGCUUCUUGAAGAAGAGAGAGAAAUCCAUGUUUGCUAGUGAAGAAAGGAUGGAAAUUGAAAAUGUGUUGCAUUCUAGAACUGGAAGUCAUGCUCCUUGUCCUUGCAUUCCUUCAGAAGUUUGUUCACCUUGUCUAACUCUUACGGGAUCAUAUUGCUCAGGCAAUCGUUGUGUGAACAAGUCAACUGAAUCAUGCGAUGAUAUGGAACUGAAAGAAGAUAAGAUCUGCUCAACAGAGAAGGUUGCUACAGAAUUAGGUUCACGGCCUUUGACUGAUCAUGUUCCUAAAGCAAAUUUAUUGAGUUACACGAAAGUGAAGGAUGAACCCUAUGAUCAUGUGGAUGACAGCAACAUAUAUGGUAAGGAUAUGAAUAAUGUCUUCAGCGACACUGUGUCAAUAAAGAGUGAAGCAACCAUUCCCGAUGAACAUUAUGAAAACAAGGUAGACAAUAUGCGAUUGCAAGAUCGAAUGAAGUUUUUCUCUUCACAGAAGGAUUUUGGUUUUACACCUAUGAAUUAUGAGCAUCCAAAACCUUCUGACCCUGGAUGCAGCAUUCUUGUUUCAGAACCUGCUAGUUUAAUGAACAUUAAACGAAGACGCAAACGGAAAAAAACUGUCACGAAUUCAGUUGAAACAGCACUGGAGGAAGAUGCUCCUGGCCUUCUCCAGAUACUAGUUGACAAAGGUGUACUAGUUGAUGAAAUCAAGCUUUAUGGGGAGACAGAAAGUGAUGAAGAUCUAGAUGAGUCUUUUAGCGAAGACAGCUUUAGUGAGCUUGACGAUGUGAUAUCGAGGCUUUUUUCUCAACGCCAUUCCUUUAUGAAGUUUCCUUCUAUAAGAUGCAUGAAAAGUUCAAGAGUAAGCUAUUGUUUAGCUUGUCUAGUUUCACUUAUCGAGCAGACAAGAUAUCUUCAGUUCCGAAACUGGCCCGUCGAAUGGGGGUGGUGCCGGGAUCUCCAGUCUUUUAUAUUUGUAUUUGAGAGACAUAAAAGAAUAGUGAUGGAACGUCCUGAGUAUGGCUAUGCAACAUAUUUUUUUGAGCUUGUGGAUUCGUUACCCAUCAAUUGGCAGAUAAAGCGGUUGGUGAUUUCCAUGAAGCUUACGAGUUGCAGCAGAAUUUCAUUACUUGAGAACACACCAUUAUUGGUUGGGGAAGAUUUGACUGAAGGCGAGGCAGGGGUUUUAUCGAGCUAUGGGUGGAUGCCGAAUAGUGGCUUGGGUACAAUGCUGAACUACCGUGGCAGAGUUGUUCAUGACCGGAAUAAUGAGGACAUCUCCGAAUGGAAAUCAAAAAUAGGGAAGCUAUUGAUGGAUGGUUAUAAUGGCGGAGCUCUUUUGCUAGAAAAUACUUCAAUAAAGGUUGCAGAAUACAGCAGUUCCCAAACCACACAAGUUAAGUUGGAACUCUGAUUGCCAUUAUUAGUUUCUCAAUACUUUUACCGUUUCCUUACAAUUUGUAUAGACAAUCCAUUGCCAUUUAAGUUUUGAAUAAUUUCUAUCUGUCCAAGCUUGUUCAUUAGAAUUAUAUAUAUAUUUUUUUGUAUACAUAAAACGUUUGUAUUCAAAUCAAACGUUUUUAAUUGUCUUGAGCUUGUAUUAUGAAAUUUUUGUUCA